AGCGCGGGGUGGGUGGGCCGGCGUCCGGUGCGGGGCAGCGCGACCCGGGGGGGCCUUCCCAGAGGCGGCGGCGGUUGUGCCUCCAGUUUGGGGCCGCUCCAGCGCCACCAUGGACCUACUGUUUGGGCGACGGAAAACUCCCGAGGAGCUGCUGCGGCAGAACCAGCGGGCCCUGAACCGGGCCAUGCGCGAACUGGACAGGGAACGUCAGAAGCUGGAGGCCCAGGAGAAGAAAAUCAUUGCGGACAUCAAGAAGAUGGCCAAGCAGGGCCAGAUGGACGCCGUGAAAAUCAUGGCCCGAGAUCUGGUACGCACGCGCCGCUAUGUCAGCAAGUUUGUGAUGAUGCGGGCCAACAUCCAGGCCGUGUCCCUAAAGAUACAGACACUCAAAUCCAACAACUCCAUGGCUCAGGCCAUGAAGGGCGUCACGAAGGCCAUGGGGACCAUGAACAGGCAGCUUAAGCUGCCCCAGAUCCAGAAGAUUAUGAUGGAAUUUGAGCGCCAGGCAGAGAUCAUGGACAUGAAAGAAGAGAUGAUGAACGAUGCCAUCGAUGACGCCAUGGGGGAUGAGGAGGACGAGGAGGAGAGCGAUGCUGUGGUGUCCCAAGUGCUGGAUGAGCUGGGCCUGAGCCUGACAGAUGAACUCUCCAAUCUCCCUUCCACGGGUGGCUCGCUCUCUGUGGCUGCUGGAGGCAAGAAGGCAGAGCCUUCUGCAGCCCUGGCUGACGCUGAUGCUGACUUGGAGGAGCGCCUGAAGAACCUGAGAAGGGACUGAGCCAGCAGGGAGGGGAGGAGGGAUGUGUUCACCCUGCCACAGAAUAAAAUUUUUUAAGAUGCCAUCGAA